CAGUUUGCAUUUCUUUCAAUUGACAAGUCGUAUCACUACUGCAGCUUGAAAAUGAGUAGCGACGGGAAUUCUUUAUUAGCAGAGGCAGACAAAAAGCUUCAAUCCAAAGGUCUUUUUGGAUUUGGUGGCCCUAAACUGGAGGAGGCUGCCGACCUGUAUGGUCGUGCCGGGGUAGCCUUCAAACUUGCAAAGAAAUGGAAGCAAUCUGGUGAUGCAUUUAUGCAAAAGGCUUUUACUCUGGAUAAAAUGGGUGAACGAGACGAUGCAACAAAUGCAUAUUUGGAAGCUGCCAAAAGUUUUAAAAAAGAAAGUCCUCGAGAUGCUGUGAAUGCUCUUGAAAUUGCUGUUCGACUUCUUUCUCAAAAAGGCAGAUUCUCUGCUGCUGCAAGCAAUCAGAAACAGAUUGCAGAGAUUUACGAAACGGAUCUUGCAGAUAUGGAAAAGGCAAUGACUGCAUAUGAGCAGGCUGGUGAAUGGUAUUCUGGUGAAGAUUCAACUGCACAAGCAAAUGCAUGUAUGCUCAAGGUUGCGCUCUUUUCAGCUACAUUAGAACAAUACGACAAGGCAAUUGACUUGUUUGAGCGUGUGGCCAGUAAAAGCCUUGACAAUAACCUGACCAAGUGGUCAGUGCGUGAAUACUUGUUCAAGGCCGGGAUCUGCACCAUUUGCAUUGGGGAUUCUGUGCGAACACACUCUACUUUUGACAGAUACAAAGGGCUUGACGCUUCUUUUGCCGAGACAAGAGAAUGCAAACUUUUAGAAGAUCUGCUUAAAGCUCUCGACGAUGGUGAUGUAGAAGAAUUCCAAGCGCAUAUUGCAGGAUUCGAUCGACUUUCUAAACUCGAUGAAUGGAAGAUUUCGCUUUUGCUUCGUGUCAAGAAAACUCUGGAGCAAGACGAAGUUGAUUUUACUUGAAAUAUUGCAUCUGAAUGUAAAUUUUUGCAUUUCAAGUGCCCAACGUUAAUGAAUUAUGGCUAUUAUCUGUU